UUUCUGAGAGUACAGACAGAUCCUUAUACAGGCCACUAUGGUGUACAUCAAACUAAAUAUAGAACAUUGUACUGAUCACAGGAUGGGACAAGCCUCAUCCAAAAAGGCAAAACCAAGUGAUGUAGAAGUGAUACUUGACCCCGAUAUUUACCACAGUGAACAUGGCAUAGUGUCCAUAGGGAGUAGCCAUCUUGAUUCAGAUAUUUCUUUCCCCAUUAAAUAUUCAGCUGAGCUUUGGCCUGCAUUGAAAUCUGCACUUAAGUUUCCUAAUACAGAGCUUCAAACAGGACACCAUGUAGGUGAUAUAGAUAUUGGUCAACAAAGUAUGAUGAUACCAUAUUUCACAAUAAUCUGGGCAGGUCUCAACAGCAGGGUACUCUUGUGCUCUCACCUGCCAUUCGGACAUGUUCUGAAAGACAACUCCUCCAUGUUAAAUAUACUGACUGGUACCGCACUUUCAGAUACUUUGUCGGAACCAGGGAACCAGUAUGGAGAUUUACAACAAGUGAUAUCAACUGCAAAAGUCUGUGUAGAUAAACGAUUCCUGGUCGUGUUAGACUGUUACCAAGGUGAUACAGAAAAUACUGAAAUCAUGGUGAAUAGGGCUGUUCCAACUGGUUCCUGAAAACAGAAAAUAAUGUCGUAAGGAUUCACUAAGGAAUUUCCAAUGAAAUGCAUCUCUAAAAUCGUAACUCAGUGUUAUAAAACUGAACUUAGAGACUAGUCGCAAAAAUUUUAUAUGUACAGAGUAAUAAUUAUUGCAAUUUCAUGAUCAUGCAUGCUCGGAAAAAACUUAGAUAAGUCUGUUUUGAAACUAUUCAAGGAAUGUGUCAUUGUCACUAGUGAUAUUCAAGAGUGCACACACAAACAGUCAGUGAGAUGCUUGAGGUUGGUCUUUAGCAUGUGUUCUAAGUGUAAGCUGCAGUAUUUAAAAGCUGUGUUCAAGGGUUCAAUUUUUAUGUGUGAAUGUUAUUUUAGCACACAUUUUUGUGUAUUUUGAAAUUUGUUCGAAACAGAAAAACAACGUUAGAUUUAGCCAUAAGUUCACAUGUCUUUAUUUGCAUACAAUGAACUGUGUUUACAGUAUAUAAUAAAAGAAGAAAUGGAA